UGGAUCCUCGUCCCCUCGCGCCGCGUUGGGUACCCGUACCCGGCAGCCGUGCCUCCUCGGCAAAUUCGGCCUCAUCCGCUGCUUGCCUCGCAACUAUCGGAUCUUGCGACGGCAUCCCUCUCUUCUUCCUCGCCACUCAGAGCUUCUAGUCGAAGGAGCAGGCGGCCCCGCUAAAGAUGAUGCGGUGCGCUGUGAAGGGCGGCGGGUGCGUCGUUUCGUGCGGUGAUCGGAGGUCGCCGGCGAUCGCCCCCGGCAGCGUGCGGAUGCCGGCCGGCAGUGGGUUCUGCGCCGGCCUGAGGUCGCGGGCGGCGGAUCUCACCGGCGUCGAGAUGGCGAGCCUGCGCGGCGGAGUUGAGGGGCUCUUCCGCCCGCGCUACGGGCGCGUGCGCGCCACGGCCGCAGUUGAUCCUGAGGACGUUCCAUUGGAGAAGGUUCAAGUUAAAUCUUCUGGACAUGUUCUGCCAUAUGUUGGUGUUGCUUGCUUGGGGGCUAUUUUGUUUGGUUACCAUCUUGGUGUGGUCAAUGGUGCUCUUGAAUAUCUCGCAAAGGAUCUUGGGAUUGCUGAAAAUGCUGUCUUACAAGGAUGGGUGGUUAGCACAUCCCUGGCUGGUGCAACAGUAGGUUCUUUUACUGGAGGGUCUUUGGCUGAUAAAUUUGGCCGAACAAGAACAUUCAUCCUGGAUGCAGUCCCGCUUGCUUUAGGUGCAUUCUUGAGUGCAACUGCUCAAGAUGUCCGCACAAUGAUUAUUGGUCGAUUGCUUGCUGGAAUUGGUAUUGGGAUCUCUUCUGCUCUUGUGCCCCUUUACAUAUCUGAGAUCUCACCAACUGAAAUUCGUGGAACACUCGGUUCCGUUAAUCAACUUUUUAUCUGCAUCGGAAUUCUUGCAGCUUUGUUAGCUGGAUUGCCUCUGGCAGGAAAUCCUGCCUGGUGGAGGACAAUGUUUGGAAUCGCAGUAGUUCCAUCCAUUUUGCUUGCUGUAGGAAUGGCUUUUUCACCUGAAAGCCCUCGUUGGUUAUUCCAGCAAGGAAAGCUCACUCAAGCAGAAUCAGCUGUGAAAAGACUGUAUGGAAAAGAAAAGGUUACCGAAGUUAUGUAUGAUCUGAGAGCUAGUGGCCAAAGUUCUUCUGAGCCAGAUGCUGGCUGGUUUGAUCUUUUCAGCAAGCGCUAUUGGAAAGUUGUGAGUGUGGGAGCGGCACUGUUUUUGUUCCAACAACUUGCUGGUAUAAAUGCUGUUGUAUAUUACUCUACAUCGGUGUUUCGCAGUGCAGGCAUUGCAUCUGAUGUUGCUGCAAGCGCUCUUGUUGGAGCGGCCAAUGUUUUUGGCACCAUGAUUGCAUCUUCUCUGAUGGACAAGCAAGGCAGGAAAAGCCUUCUGAUAACAAGCUUUUCUGGAAUGGCUGCUUCAAUGUUACUCUUAGCUUUGUCCUUCACCUGGAAAGCCUUGGCACCUUAUUCUGGGACUCUUGCUGUUGUGGGCACUGUUCUGUAUGUUCUAUCAUUUGCUCUUGGAGCCGGUCCUGUUCCAGCACUACUACUUCCUGAAAUAUUCGCCUCCAGAAUAAGGGCCAAGGCUGUCGCAUUAUCUCUAGGCAUGCACUGGGUUUCCAACUUCUUAAUUGGCCUGUACUUCUUGAGUGUCGUUAACAAGUUUGGUAUUAGCACAGUGUAUUUGGGUUUUGCGUCUGUAUGUGCUCUUGCAGUUCUUUACAUAGCUGGAAAUGUGGUCGAGACCAAGGGGCGAUCACUGGAAGAGAUUGAGCGGGAUCUAAGUUCAGCAUGAUGUGCUGCUAGUCAUGCGGCCGCGCCUUUUGGUGACUGAGAAUGCAACCCAACACCCAACUAAACACCCUGGGACCUGGAGACGCUGUUUCUUGUUUGAUGUAGUUUCAGAAAUAAGAUAGCAGCAAGAUUCUCCAGUUGCGGUGACUUGAUGAACACUUAGGGCAUGUUUGGUUGCCCACGUGCUCUCAGUCUGACUGUAUGAGUCAUACAGGCUGAGUUGAGACAGGCUGGGGAGAUGCAGUAGGGUCUGUUGGGUUGGCUGCAUGUGUUCAGUCUGGUUGAGAAGAGAUUGUGUUUGGUUGUCUGCACGAGUAUAUGUUGUAAUACAAAGGAACUCACUUUUUUACCAAAUAACCUAGGUUGAAAAUAUUUUUAUAAAUUAGUA